AUGGAGCAGGUGCAAGGGGGUAUCAGGUGCUGCUGCACGCCAACGUCACACUUCCUAUGCGCAGACUGCAUCCCCGACUACGUGCGCAACGAGCUGCAGAGUGACGAUGGAAGCGACAGGCGCCUCACUGAAAGGCGUACAUUGGGUCACUGCCUUCGCUGCCCCACAGACCGCAAUUCCCAUCUUCCGCUUGAAGCCACGAGGUUUUACCUUCCGGAAGAUUUGCAGCUACAAUUGCUCUUGGCCAUGCAGGCUGACGAGGAGCACAGGGAGUGGGUGCGCGAACAGGAACGCCAGCAAAGCGAUGAGUCUCUGCGCGAGUUCUGCCUCCGCAGCAUGCCCAACGCUGUGCAAUGUGGAAACUGCAGCUACGGGCCGAUAGACCACUUUGCCUGCAGAAAUCUCCAGACACACCACGGAGAUCGACAUGGCGCAACGCAGAUCUCCAAUGCCUGCCCGCGCUGCAACUGGUUUCGUAACAGCAUUGACGAGUGGCCACGCUGGGGUGGGGUUGUGGACUUGACAUUUGAGUCUAGGCGACGCUAG